AUGGCAGAUCGGCCUCCUUCGAAGCGGCUUCGGCUCGGUUCGCUUGCAGACGGGUUCCGUUGUGGGAGAACACGUCCGUUUAGUGAUUUGUGCACUGACCAAGCACCUCAGCAGCGGCAGCAUGCUGCAUCACAGCAGACAGCCGCGCCAGCUAAUUCAAGGGGGUCCGCAGAGGGCCAGCAAGCGGUUGCUGCUGUCGAUACGCCGGUGGAGGAGCAGCAACAGGCUGCUGAACCUUCUGCUGCGGAAUUACGGGCUAAAUGGCGACGGCAGAAAGCUGCACAGCGUGCCGCAGCCCCUCCUGAGUUGCGGGUGUUGCAGCGCCAGCAGGAUGCUGCACGGCACGCAGCUGCACGUGCCGACCCGGAGGUGGGGGCGCAGCUGCGGCUGUAUAACACUGCACAUCACGCGGCUGCUCGUACUGACCCGGAGGUGAGGGCGCAGGAGCAGCUGCAGAACACUGUGCAGCGUGCCGUUGCCCGUGCUAAUCCCGAGGUGAGGGCGCAGGAGCAGCAGCGCAACACGGCCCAGCAUGCGGCUGCACGGCAGGUGCAGCAGCAGAACCAGCAGGCCGGCCCUAGGGAUACAAUAUUGGCUCGCAUGCACCGUCUCCUGCGAUUCACGGACCUCCAUCGUGGCGACGUCAUUGACUUGCCAGAAUUUAUUUUGGCGAUUCCAGAGGGCCGCGUGCAGGAUCUUCCUGGCGUGUGCUCGGAGGACCAGUCGACGGUGCUGCACUGGAUGGAUAUUCCCAACGUUGACAUUUUACGUGCAGACAUCAUGUGUACGGACGCUGUGCAGCGCUGGGGACGUACUCUAGUGUGGCGACGGAUGGCGCGUACAUCUCAGGGAGAUGCGCCACCGCCACCUGAGCCAGUCCUGCCUGCUCGGUAUCGUGUUAGCCGGGCUGAGCGGGCUGGUGCUGUGGAUGAGGACGGCGGCAGUGCUAGUGGAGCAGGCAGGCUGGUGGAUGAUGUAGCGGAAGGGGCAUUGGAGAUGGGUGGUGAUGCUCCGGAGACUGGUGAUUUAGAGGCAGCGGCGGCUGGGCAGGAGCCGGCCGAGCAACUUCCGCUGGACCAACAGCCGCUGGACCAACAUCCGCUGGACCAACAGCCGCUGGACCAACAUCCGUUUAGUGAUUUGUGCACUGACCAAGCACCUCAGCAGCGGCAGCAUGCUGCAUCACAGCAGACAGCCGCGCCAGCUAAUUCAAGGGGGUCCGCAGAGGGCCAGCAAGCGGUUGCUGCUGUCGAUACGCCGCUGGACGGUCAUUCCACCUUCGAGGCGACGUUCGAUUGCGCAUACCUGCAGGUAGACGCGUUCACAGCGCUAUCUGCGGGCGCCGAGCAAUCUCCUGAGGUGGCGACCACAGCGGCAGUACUGGUGGAGGCUGAGGAGCAGGAGGGCUACACGGUGACCAACGCCGUGCAUAACUACGUGCUGCGGGGGGAAGAACUCAGCGGCCUGGACUGCAGUGUGUACAACAUAGCCUCCAACUACGAGGUCCGACGUGUGCCGCCAGCUCAGCACCCGCACCGAGAGCGAUUGGGUCUACAGAUCCCGGUGGCAGCUCGACGCCGCAAGCGCACUACCCCAGCCACACCCAUAACCGCCCCUGUGCCUGCCCCUGUGCCUCUGCUGACUGCAGCCCCGGCCCCUCCUCCUGAGCCACCUGCUCCUACAGCUGCAGCGACACUCGACCAGCCAACUUCUCAGACAGCCACGGAGCUGCCCCGCCUGGUGGCCUUCCACAGCAUGCAUCCGCUGUACAAAACACAUGUCCACAUCCGCCUGCCGCGGCCACGAUAUGUACAGCUUGGAGGCUCUCUUCCCCGCCGGCCCCGCCCUGGCACCUCUGCUGCGGGCAUGGCGCAGUACUACGCGUUUGUCCUGGGUACUUUCAAAGCUCACCGGGGUCAGCCCAUCCCCCCCGGGCUGACUGUAAAGGAAGCCUACGACACCUGGUGGGCAGAGCUGGGCACUACCGAGGCAGGUCGCUCGUACCAGGCAUACGUAUCGGUGCUGCUGGACAACAUCGAAGAGGACCACGCUGGGAAAGCCCGCCAUCAGGCGGAGUACAACCAACGGCGCCGCCAGCAGCGUGCAGCAGCGGCAGCAGCCGCGCUGCCUGAAGGUGACAGCACGAGCGCUUCGGAUGGAGAUACCGAUGACGGCAUCCGCGGGCAUCUCAGGCCUGAUCCUGAAACACAGCCGCCCGCCGAGGACCAGCUGGAGCACUUCGUGUACAUCCCAGGUCAGGAGUAUCCGACGGCUGGCACCGACCUCGCCGCCGUCGCUCUUACGGACCUGUUUGACUGCACCAACGCUGCUGGCGUGUAUGCCUAUGAUGCAGCACGGCGCUGCCGGGCCCCGGCCCUAGCGGAUGGCCAUGGUGCAGGCAGCGAUCGUUUCAGCCGUCGGAUCACACCAGCGGACCUGCCCCUCCUGACUGAAGCAACCAAGCGUCUGAAGCGGUAUCUCGUUGCCGCAGCAGCCGGCACUGUUGAGGCAGAUGGGGGCGCCCACACGGGACUGACGGCCACACCUGAGAUGGACACCCCUCGUGUCGAGCUGCACCGCCCCACCAGCGGACCCCUGGUCGCCAUCGUGCGCAUGCCUGGCACUCCUGAGCGGACUGAACAGGCUCGCAUGCCCAUCUAUGUGCACCUCCCCCAGCCGCCCAGCAUCGACGACACCAUCGAGCUGUUCACGCUUGCCCCCCACCAGGCCGUAGACGCGUUCACAGCGCUAUCUGCGGGCGCCGAGCAAUCUCCUGAGGCGGCGACUACAGCAGCAGUACUGGUGGAGGCUGAGGAGCAGGAGGGCUACACGGUGACCAACGCCGUGCAGAGCUAUGUGCUGCGGGGGGAAGAACUCAGCGGCCUGGACUGCAGCGUGUACAAUAUCGUCUCCAGCUAUGAGGUUCGACGUGUGCCGCCAGCUCAGCACCCGCACCGAGAGCGAUUGGGUCUACAGGUCCCGGUGGCAGUUCGACGCCGCAAGCGCACUACCCCUGCCGCACCCAUAACCGCCCCCGUGCCUGCCCCUGUGCCUCUGCUGACUGCAGCCCCGGCCCCUCCUCCUGAGCCACCUGCUCCUACAGCUGCAGCGACACUCGACCAUCCAACGUCUCAGACAGCCACGGAGCUGCCCCGCCUGGUGGCCUUCCACGGCACGCAUCCGCUGUACAGAACACAUGUCCACAUCCGCCUACCGCGGCCGCGAUAUGUACAACUUGGAGGCUCUCUUCCCCGCCGGCCCCGCCCUGGCACCUCUGCUGCGAGCAUGGCGCAGUACUACGCGUUUGUCCUGGGUACUUUCAAAGCUCACCGGGGUCAGCCCAUCCCCCCCGGGCUGACUGUAAAGGAAGCCUACGACACCUGGUGGGCAGAGCUGGGCACUACCGAGGCAGGUCGCUCGUACCAGGCAUACGUAUCGGUGCUGCUGGACAACAUCGAAGAGGACCACGCUGGGAAAGCCCGCCGUCAGGCGGAGUACAACCAGCGGCGCCGCCAGCAGCGUGCAGCAGCGGCAGCAGCCGCGCUGCCUGAAGGUGACAGCACGAGCGCUUCGGAUGGAGAUACCGAUGACGGCAUCCGCGGGCAUCUCAGGCCUGAUCCUGAAACACAGCCGCCCGCCGAGGACCAGCUGGAGCACUUCGUGUACAUCCCAGGUCAGGAGUAUCCGACGGCUGGCACCGACCUCGCCGCCGUCGCUCUUACGGACCUGUUUGACUGCACCAACGCUGCUGGCGUGUAUGCCUAUAAUGCAGCACGGCGCUGCCGGGCCCCGGCCCUAGCGGAUGGCCAUGGUGCAGGCAGCGAUCGUUUCAGCCGUCGGAUCACACCAGCGGACCUGCCCCUCCUGACUGAAGCAACCAAGCGUCUGAAGCGGUAUCUCGUUGCCGCAGCAGCCGGCACUGUUGAGGCAGAUGGGGGCGCCCACACGGGACUGACGGCCACACCUGAGAUGGACACCCCUCGUGUCGAGCUGCACCGCCCCACCAGCGGACCCCUGGUCGCCAUCGUGCGCAUGCCUGGCACUCCUGAGCGGACUGAACAGGCUCGCAUGCCCAUCUAUGUGCACCUCCCCCAGCCGCCCAGCAUCGACGACACCAUCGAGCUGUUCACGCUUGCCCCCCACCAGGCCGUGCCCUUUAUGCUCAUGGCUCGGUACUUCGAUCAUCGCGAUGAGCCCAACCCUGGCGACCCGCCACAGAUGCUUGUGGAGGGCAAGCCCGGUACCGGAAAGAGCCAGUUCGUACAAGCGCUCCUGUGGUACACCUUCCAGCAUGGCUGUCCGCACUGGGCGGCCACCUGCGCCUACUCAUGGGCUGCUGCAACUGCCUUCAGCACGCCGGUGCAUCGCAGCCUCUCUACCCACGCCAUGUUCGCCCUAUCUGCUGGCAGCAACCGAGCGGACAGCGUCAGGAAAGGCAGCGCAGCCAGCCGACAGGUGCAUCGGAAUGUCGGUGAUGGUGCACUCAUCAUUGACGAGAUCGGCAUGAACAGCCUGGACCACCUGGGUGCGUGCAACCAGUCCUGCACUCGUCACCUGUUGCCGCCACCGCAUCUCGCCGGCGACCACCCCGCCGCCACCAUCUUCAGCGGCCGUCCCAGCGCCAACACGGGCGACGAGUUCCAGCACCCGAAGCCAGGUGGCCCGCCCCUCUACAAGUACGCCGCUGCUGUGGAAUGCAACCCUCAGUUCUCGCCCUCUGUCCCAACCGUGCAACCUCUGCACGGAGACGAGGACAACGAUGGCGACCCUAAUGAGGCCGCCGCUGGAUCUCAAGGCAGUCAGCAGCAACCCGAAGCAGCAGCACGCCGGCCCCGGGCCGUCCCACAGACGCAGAGCUGCAUACUUGAGGGCUUCCGGGUUUACCGAUCCCUGGCUAAGACGGUCUUCUUGCUGGAGAAGCAGCAGCGCCAGGACAGCAGCCCCUCUGGUCGUCGCCUGACAGAGUAUGCCUCUAUGUUUGGCGGUGAGCCAGCCACCGAGCAGCGCAUAGCCGAGAUGGUCGACGACCUUAACAGCCGCGCCAUCGUCGACUUGGCCGACCUGGCACACCUCGAGCCGCGCGUCGUGCUGCAGAGGAACGAACCACGCCACACACUCAAUACCCGGCUCAUCAUGCUGGAGGCACAGCGCAAGAAGCAGCGCCUUGUGGUGUGGAAUGCGGACCACGUCCCUGUCCAGAAGCGCGGUGCUGCUGCGGAACCGGGCCUGACACACGUGGAGAAAGCAGUUGCGAUGCGGAUCAAGGAUCACGAGUUUGGCCACACCACCGCCGACACGUGGUACUACCAUGGCGCCCGAUACAUCCUCCUUGAUACGACUGCUGCCGAUGCCGGAGCGAGCCACAACAACGAGGUGGAAGCCUGCGGCCUGCUUGAGGAUGGCCGCGAGCCAGCCGAUGAUGGCCGUGGCCCCUACCGCCGGCUCAAGUACCUUCCAGCGGCUGUCAUUGUGCGGCCUAUAAGCGGCCACAUCCCCGGCACCGUGCUGCAGGGCCUUGGAGACUACGCCAGCAGGGGUGGUGCCUUCAUCCUGUCACCCCGGGCGUCUUGCAUUGCCGAGGUCGACAUGCCUGCCGCCGGGUACGGCACCAUCACAAAGCAGAUCCGGCGCCUCAACGUACCGCUCGGCGACCGCCAGGCGGUCACCGAUUACUUCGUGCAAGGCCGCAGCUUCAAAGACGAGUGCUGGCUGGUGGAUCUCGCUGUCCCACCCAACGGCAUCAAGCGCGCCACCCUGUAUGUGCUGCUGACCCGCUUCAAGACGCUGGACCACGUCCGUCUGCUCCGGCCGCUCUACACUACACCGCACGAGCACAAGAGGAUAAUCAAGCAGUUCCUCAGCGCGACUAACCUCGAGCCGGACCUGGCCGCCAACCUGCGCCUGCUGAAGCAGGCAGCGCGCGAGACCGAGCAACGAUAUACGGCCGAGUUCCAGCAUGCACGACAGCUGGAAGCGCGAAUUUGCCACCAGCCAGCACAGGAGCUACGGCCCACUCCGCGGGUGCUGCCCAGAGCCUGCCUUGACGACCCAGCUAGUGUGGAGGUGCCGUACUGCAUGCGGUUAGAGCCGGAUCUGCCCAACCGCACUAUGCUGGUCGGCGACAGUGUUGCAGAACGCAUGUUCAUAUGCAACGCCUGCCACAAGGCCUUGAGUGCCUGCCGAGUUCCCGAAGCUGCACUGGCGCGUCUGGACCCUGGCGAUGUGCCGCGCGUCAACCAUCUGGGUGACCCUCUGCCGUCGCCCACUUUCCUGGAGGGGCAGCUUCUGGGCCGCGGCCGCAUCGUCCAGCAGUUGCUCAUCAUGUACCUGGCAGACCGACCGCCGGACGUCUUCCCGCGUGCUGUAAAGACUCACGGCAUUGGGGUCGUAAAUCCUGACCCGAAUAUGCUGCGAGCACAGCUGCCGGCGCGGGCGUCCGACCUGGCUGGCGCUAUCACGGUUGUGUGUGUCGACCAGGUUCACAACCGGGCGGAGCUGCUGGAACGUGUGCGAAAGGCGCCAGGUCUACAGGUGCGAGGACAGGUCAUCGUCGCCUGGGUCCGGUUCUUGCAGCACAACGAUGAGGAGGAGCUGGCUGUUGAUGAGGAUGCUCUGCAGGAGUACGAACGCAUGGGCUGUGCUGCAGGUGUGCCGGACGAAAUCUUGCAUGCCGCCCUUGCGCCGACUGAUCCGGAGGUGGCGAACGUUCUCCGCACCACCUUCCUGCACGAUCGCACGGGUGCGGCAGGUGUGCGGCAGUUCCAGGACGUGGUGGAAGCGGCUGUACGUGAUGGCAAUCUUGCCGAUGCAACUGCGGUACCUGACAUGGAUCCUGUAAGACCGGUGCAGCCAACACUGGCGGAUCCGACCCCGAAUGCAGGACCGGUGCAGCCAACGCUGGCGGAUCCGACCCCGAAUGCAGGGCAAGACCCUGGACCGGGGCCAUUCACCGCCAUCCUGCGUGGACCUGUCGACCAGCCAGUUGAAGGUGCACCAGGUGACGGCACAGCGGCGGCUGCAUGA